CCUCCUAUUUCCAGGUUUCAUUUAUAUUACCAGGCUUAAUAAAAGUAAUAAUAAUAGUGAAAUGAAAAAUAACUUCAUUCCUUUUGUUACUGUUAGUUUCAAUUCAUAAAUUUUAUGAAAGAAACCUCAGCUAGAUGUAACCAUGGUGUGAAGUAGUAUUUUAUAUUAGAAAAUCAGCAAAUUAGCUAUGGCUGCCAAACCUUUUACUCGCCAUGACGCAAGAAUUGGAGAAUUGAUUACUCCAAGAGAGAAAGAACCCCAUAUUCUAAGUGUUAAGCUUGAUGUCUACUAUACCUUGUUGAAGAGGCAGAUACUUCAAUACCAAAGUCCAACUAGUGGUCUGUUUCCAUCAAUUGGGUCAGAAAAAAACACAAACAGAAUAGCACAUGUACGAGACACAAUAUACUGCGCAGUCUCUGUAUGGUCUUUGUCCCAAGCAUACAAAAAAAUUGAUGAUGAUCAAGGGAGAGCACAUGAACUGGGACAAGCAGCUGUGAAAAGUAUGAGAGGAAUUUUACAAUGUUGGAUACGCCAAGCAGAUAAAGUUGAAAAAUUCAAGUCCAACCAAAGUCCUAUUUUUGCUCUACAUUCAACCUUUGAUAUGUUGACUGGUGACCCAACCUACAGGGAUGAUGAAUAUGAGCAUUUGCAAAUUGAUGCUGUAGCUCUCUACUUGUUGUUUCUUAGUCAAAUGAUUUCAUCAGGUUUACAGGUCAUCUACUCAACAGACGAAGUAAACUUUAUCCAGAAUCUAGUAUUUUAUGUAGAGCGAGCUUACAGAACACCAGAUUAUGGCAUGUGGGAGAGGGGAAGUAAAUACAAUAAUGGGAGUACAGAGAUACAUGCCAGUUCUAUUGGCAUGGCAAAAGCUGCGCUGGAAGCUGUGAAUGGCUGUAAUUUGUUUGGUGAACACGGUGCUGCUUGGUCAGUUAUAUUUGUUGAUAUUGAUGCUCACAACCGUAAUAGAACGAUCUUCGAGACCAUUCUUCCCAGAGAGUCCAAUUCAAAGAACACAGAUGCAUCUUUGCUACCUACGGUCAGCUGGCCUGCCUUUGCUAUACACGAGGACGAAGUCCGACACAGGACAAUAGAAAAGGUUACACGUAAACUCAAGGGUCAUUAUGGCAUCAAACGUUUUCUUAGGGAUGGCUACAAAACAGUUAUUGAAGACAGGAACAGAAAAUAUUACAGACCUGCUGAAAUAAAGAAUUUUGAUGGCAUUGAAUCAGAAUGGCCUAUGUUUUUUGUUAUCUUGCUUAUUGACAGCAUCUUUCGUGGUAAUAAAGAAGAUCAAAAAUAUUACCAGGAGCUGGUCGACAAAGUUAUAUACGAGUCCCCUGAUGGUCACCUUCUGCCCAUGUACUACUAUGUGCCAAAGAACCUGAUAGAGCAGGAGAAGAUGGUACCUGGCAGCCAGGCCAAGGUCCCAUCACUGGAGGGGACAACAGCAGGGGUUUUCAUGUGGGGGCAAAGUUUACUCUUUAUUGCCAAACUUCUGUCUGAUGGUCUGCUGGGCAUCAACGACCUGGACUGUAUACGGCGCCACCUGCCUGCCACAGAGAGGCCCACAUUUAGUGCUCGUUACUCCAAGUUCCAGGAUUUGAGUCACUUUGUUAAAAAAUUGAACCAUUUAAACCCCAAAAAGGGCACAGCACCAGACCUGGUCAUCCAGAUAGUUCUCAUCUCUGAGACAUCCAGGCUGCAGCAGCUGCUUGGGACGUACGGCAUCCAGACACAGACCCCACACCAGAUAGAACCCAUCCAGAUAUGGUCACCUAAGGAGCUCACCAAAGCUUAUGAGUACCUGGGAAUCAACAAAAAACUGGGAAUAACUGGUCGGCCAAGUCGGCCUUUUGGCGUGCUUAGCACUUCUAAAGUAUUUCGUGCCUGUGGCAAGACAGUGCUUUGCUAUCCAUUACUUUUUGAACUCAGUGAUUUCUAUUUGGCUCAAGACAUUUCUCUCGUGAUGGAUGAUUGUAAGAAUGAUCUGGCAUUUCUGGCCAAGUGCUGGAAGUUGUCUGGUCGACCUACCUGGUGCAUGGUCAUCAGAGAAAAUGCCAUACGAGGACAUAACUUUGUCGAGUUCCUGGAACUUUUGUCUCAGUUUAAAAAAGGAGACGUUGAUGGCAUCAGAGUUCGAGUUGGUCGACUGCAGUCGUUUAUCUCAUCUGCUGCCGUUGAACACCUUGACUUUUUAAAUCUCUUGCCUGACCCAAGCAUCUUCAGCCCAUUUGAAGAGAAGACCAUGAAAGCCAGCUUCAAAUCUUUAACUGAGAUACCACAGUUGGUCGCACUAGAAGAAGAAUCUUUUGUCAAUGAAACAAAUCUGCGCAGCAAAACAAGCCCGGAGCUGAUGAACUACAUCAGCUCAGUGUCUGGUCUCAAUACUCAGGUUACUCUACUGAAAAUAUUGUAUGAGCGUGAAGGUCCUUUCUUCCCUGUGGAAGGCAGCACAAUAAGUGAAAGACUAGAACGCCUGAUUGACCGGGCUGGAGCUUACAAAAACUGGUGGGCUGUCAGGAUGUGUUCCGCACUGCUGGGUAAACUGGUGGACAGUUUGGCUCCGUCAAUCACCAGUAUGCUUGUCAGGGGAAAGCAGAUGACAGUUGGUGUGUUUGGCCAUGAGGAGGAAGUCCUGGACAAGCCAAUCAGCCCAAAUGAACUCAAAAAUAUUCUUUACUCUAAGUGUCUACCCUAUGAUGUGUGCCAGGCUGUGCUUCAGCAGGAAAUUAUCUUGGCAAUAGGAAAAUUGAUUGCAACCACUCCUGAGCUGUUUGAGGGAAUAUUAAAAAUACGAAUUGGCUGGUUUGUUCGUGCCAUGCAAGUGGAGCUACAGAUGGAAAAGGAUGAAUCAAAGCAUGAGUUGAGCCGGCUGUCUCCCCACCAGGUCAAAUGUCUAGUCUGGUCAGUGCUGACCAAAAACACACUGGAGGCUGACUUCAGAACCCCUUUCCAGAAACGUCAGCUGGAUGGUGCCCUGAACAGGGUACCCAAAGAUUUCUAUGACAAGGUUUGGGAGAUUCUAGAGAAAACACCUGGUGGGAUCAAGGUUGCAGGCUAUCUUCUUCCACAGCAACCUACUCAGUCAGAUAUGACGAUGUAUGAACUUAACUUUUCCUUACUAGUGGAACAGAUGCUGAGUAAAAUAUCUGACCCAUCCUACCGCCAGCUCAUGGUGGAAGCCUUCAUGGUUGUGUCCACAAUUCUUGAAAGAAAUCCUGAAUUGAUGUUUCAUCAAUCAGCCAAUAUGGAUAAGAUAAUUCAAGAGGCUUAUGAUGAGUUUCAGCAAGAUCUGAACAGAAUGGAAGGCAGGGAGAAAGAAGAUGAUAUGCAUCGCUUUUAUAACACUCCCCCAAAUGUACGCUAUGGCACGACUGCCUACAUUGCGAAGGCGGUCAUAAAAAAUUUACUUGAUGGUGACCUGAGAGUGGUAUCUGAAGAUCUUUGUUCUAUUGCUUAAGUAUGCGACAUGAUAUGGCAGGUUCAAGGACUGAAAAGGGAGAACAAGAUGACAACGGUUUGUUUUAAAUUGCAGCUCUCGGUUUUAUUGUUUUGAUUUAGGGCCUAAAACAUUUAAUAGCUGAGACAGAAAAUGUUUGUGUUAACUGCAAGUGUACAGUGAGUGAAAAGUUGAUGUGGCCAUUGUCGUGGGAUAAGUCUAUAUUGCUUCCAUUUUAAACAUGACUGAAUGGGAACCUUUUGCUGUAGCAGGGUGAAUGUGAGCUCUGAUGGCUACAGAGUUGUAACUCAUUUUCUUGUGAUGUUCAGAACAAGACGAUCACAGCAGAUCAUUUGAUGCUGCUAGUUUGAACCCUUUGAAAGUGGUCUCAUUCAUGAGUUUUUUUUAGCUUUGAAAAAAAUAUUGAUAUCUGUGUUUCUGUUGUACAAAUAUUCUUUUAUUACCAAAAAAAACUAUUAUGGUACAUUAUGCAUAAAUCUUAAUGGUGCGUUCACUUCUUACAUCGAUGUGAUGAUAUCUGUGAUGAAAUCUUUCAGUAGUGAAUGUUGUUCAUAAUACCUUUAAAAUACUUUACAACUGAUAACUUUACAGCAGUUGCAAAGCCAAUUUUGACAUAUUUUUAAAAAGUCUUCAAGAGACACUAAAACAAACUGAACUCUGUAGUAAUAAAUCCAUUUUCAUAUUUUUUUUCUUCAUAGAUGUGGUUCUAUUUUUCAAUUUUAAUUAUAGCAACUUUUUUCUAUAAAUAUUGUAUUUACUUUAAUAACAUAAAAAACACUUCAAUUUUUGUACUAAGUUUGUUAUUAAUAUGAGCCCAGUAACUAGGUUAUAAACAUGCUGUUGCUUACACUGGUAAUGUGAAUUUAAAAUUGUCUGUUUUUUGGGUAAUUAAAAAAACAUAAAAGCAAGUUAGAAUUGAUAUCAUUCGGUCAUGGGCUGACCUCAAUUUACAUAUAAUUGUGAUAAAACUGGAAUAAAACAACGAAAUGAAACAAGAAGAAUAAAUAUGUAUUGAUUCUGUGAUACAAAGUGUGCAAAGGCACUCUCUUCUUUCUCUUACAUUUAUUACAUAUGCAAAUUGCCUACUGAGGCUAAAAUAGAUGUAACUAGUACUGUUAUGGAUACUGUUCAUUUUAUUUGUAUUCAGUUUAUCAUGCAGGGAUUUCUAAAAUGUAACUAAUUGUUCCUAAGUUUUAAAAUUUAGUCUUCAGGUUCAACCAAAUUUGGUGCUUGCAUGUGAAUUGGUUAUGUCUGAAUAUUCUAGUGUUUAUUAUACACUGUGGUUUAACUAUUUCUCUUGAAUACUAUGGAUCUGAUCUGUUCCUCAUUUUUACAUAACAAUGAGAAUUUAGUGAAGAAAAUAUGGGGUGUGAAAGUAAUAAACUAGAUCCAUGUGACUCUGGAUUCAUUGUGUUCACGUUUGACAUCUAAAAGUUGUAUAAAGUUUGUUAAAAUGUUGUACAGAUGACCCUCAUGCUGGUGUAGUGAAGUAAACUGGAAGCAAACAUU